AUGCUUUUCUUCUCUUUUUUCAAGACUUUGGUCGACCAAGAAGUGGUCGUAGAGUUAAAAAAUGACAUCGAAAUAAAAGGUACACUACAGUCUGUAGACCAGUUCCUAAACCUGAAGCUGGACAACAUAUCAUGUACAGACGAAAAUAAAUAUCCGCAUUUGGGUUCAGUAAGGAACAUCUUUAUAAGAGGUUCCACAGUCAGAUAUGUUUAUCUAAACAAGAACAUGGUGGAUACGAAUUUACUACAAGACGCUACCAGAAGGGAGGUGAUGACCGAAAGGAAAUGA